GUGGGAUGGAGGCGGGGCUUGGCGUUGAUUGGCAUUCCUGCCAUGUGAGUUGUGCCUGGAGGGCGGGGCCACUGCCUGGGUUUCUGAAGCAGAGAGAGAGGAGCUCCAAGGAGGGAGAAGAGGGGGAUUUCUGGCCUCUGUGCCCACUCAGAGAAAACAACCUGGACACUCCUUUCCCUCAAGUUAAAAAUGGUUGAUGUUGGAGCUUAGAUUGAAGAUGGAGGAGCCAAACCCACCCAGCCCUGGAGGAAGAAGAGAGCCCAAGAAAACGUGGGGCAGGAGAAGGGCUGGAUUCCCAGGCAGAAUGGGUCAGGAUGCCCUGGAGGAGAAGGCCUUCAGCACAGACCAUCUGUGCCAACGCUUCCGGCACUGCCGCUAUGAGGAAGCUGAGGGGCCACGAGGAGUUUGCAGCCGCCUCCACUCUCUCUGCCGCCUGUGGCUGAAGCCUGAGGAGCAUACCAAGGCGGAGAUGCUGGACCUGGUGCUCCUGGAGCAGUUCCUGGCCGUCCUUCCUGCGGAGAUGGAGCGCUGGGUGAGGGAAUGUGGGGCAGAGACCAGUUCCCAGGCCGUGGCUUUGGCUGAAGGAUUCCUCCUGAGUCAGGAACAAGAGGAGAAGAGGAGAGAGGACCUUCAGGCCCAGGAGGUCCCAUUGGAGACCAGCCUGCCUGGGUGGAUCGACGUGGAGGGCAGUGGAGAGACCACCUCACUGAGAGAUGGCUCAGAACAAGGCAGUCGCCCGUCUCUCCUUCUUGAUUCGUUGGACUUCUCUUCUGUGCGAACAGAUCAGGUGGACUUUGAAGACGUGGCUGUACAUUUUAGUGAGGAGGAGUGGGCCCUGCUGGAUCUCAACCAAAGGGCUUUGCACACAGAAGUGAUGGAGAAGAAUUAUGGGAUGGUGGCCUCUCUAGGUGUUGGUAGAUGGAAGAGCAAGAACGGAGAGGUGUCAUGCAGAGUGGAGUUGGAAAGGGACAGAUACACAGAAGAGGAGAAGGAGGAGGAGUGGCAUGAAAGAAGAGAAGCAAAAGAGAAGAGCAGUCAACUGGUGGCUGACAUCUGGGAAACAUCAAUCCAUGAGGAGAUAGACAAAGAGCGCAGGAAGUGUGUCAUUUAUCAGAACGGCUUCCAUUGGGCUUCCAACCUUACGAGUGACUCGGAGGAGUACUCCCACCCGUGUCCACAGUGGAGAGAGACCUUCAGGUGGACCCAUCCAGGAACGCCUUCAGGGGGAAACCCAUACACGUGCCAGGAAGUUGGAAGGGCCUUGAGUGGGAAGACCGCCGUUGUGGAUCCCGCAGGAGAGAACCUGUAUCACUGCCUGGAGUGUGGAGUUUCCUUCCGCUACAAGUCCGCUUUCAAGAAACAUUACGUGAUCCACACCUUGGAGAAGCCCUACCAGUGCCAGGAGUGCGGGAAAAGCUUCCGCUGGGGUCCCCACUUGAAGAGGCACCAGUUCAUCCACACGGGAGAGAAGCCGUACCGCUGCCUGGAGUGCGGGAAGUGCUUCAACCAGAAGCGGUACCUCACCGAGCACAAGAAGCUCCACACCGGGGACAAGCCCUUCAAGUGCCCCAAGUGCGGCAAGUGCUUCUACUGGUCCUCGCAGCUCAACCGGCACCAGCUGGUUCACACCGAGGAGAAGCCCUACGAGUGCCUGCAGUGCGGGAAAGGCUUCAUCGAGAAGCGGAACCUCACCACGCACCAAAUGAACCACACCGGGGAGAGACCCUACAUAUGCCUGGAGUGUGGGAAGAGCUACACGCACAAGUCCGUCCUCAGGCGGCACCAGAUGAGUCACACUUUACGACCAACCACAAUAAUGCCUUCGGUAUGAGAUUAAAACUUGAAUAGACACUGCAGUAUUUCACGCAAAUGACAUGAUUUUAUGAAGAACUUAAGAUGCGUUCUCGAAGGCUUUCGUGACCGGGAUCACAGGGUUGUUGUGUGUUUUCCAAGCUAUAUGGCCAUGUUCAAGAAGCAUUCUCUCCUGACAUUUCACCCACAUCUAUGGCAGGCAUCCUCAGAGGUUGUGAGGUUUGUUGGAAACUAGGCCUGCUUUAUAAGUAUUCUGUAACGCUGAUUUGAUACAUCAGGUCUCCUUCUGUUUUCUUACAUGGUUUUACAGGAAACAAUCAGGGCCAGCUAACACCUCCCAACAAAGGAUUCCCCCAAACUGGAACCCUUUGAAGCUGCAAAGCUAUUCAAUGCUAAUCAAGGUGGUCAAUUGCAACAUUCACACUUGCUUCCAACAGACAAGAGUUCUUUCUCCCACCCUAUACAUUAUUCCACAGAUAUAUAAAUACAGUAGAGUCUCACUUACCCAACACUCACCAGAUGAGUCACACAUUACGACCAACCACAAUAAUGCCUUCGGUAUGAGAUUAAAACUUGAAUAGACACUGCAGUAUUUCACGCAGAGGAAGUCAUGCAAAUGACAUGAUUUUAUGAAGAACUUAAGAUGCGUUCUCGAAGGCUUUCAUGACCGGGAUCACAGGGUUGUUGUGUGUUUUCCAAGCUAUAUGGCCAUGUUCAAGAAGCAUUCUCUCCUGACAUUUCACCCACAUCUAUGGCAGGCAUCCUCAGAGGUUGUGAGGUUUGUUGGAAACUAGUAUUCUGUAACGCUGAUUUGAUACAUCAGGUCUCCUUCUGUUUUCUUACAUGGUUUUACAGGAAACAAUCAGGGCCAGCUAACACCUCCCAACAAAGGAUUCCCCCAAACUGGAACCCUUUGAAGCUGCAAAGCUAUUCAAUGCUAAUCAAGGUGGUCAAUUGCAACAUUCACACUUGCUUCCAACAGACAAGAGUUCUUUCUCCCACCCUAGACAUUAUUCCACAGAUAUAUAAAUACAGUAGAGUCUCACUUACCCUUUGAAGCUGCAAAGCUAUUCAGUGCUAAUCAAGGUGGUCAGUUGCAACAUUCACACUUGCUUCCAACAGACAAGAGUUCUUUCUCCCACCCUAGACAUUAUUCCACAGAUAUAUAAAUACAGUAGAGUCUCACUUACCCAACACUCACCAGAUGAGCCACACAUUACGACCAACCACAAUAAUGUCUUCGGUAUGAGAUUAAAACUUGAAUAGACACUGCAAUAUUUCACACAGAAGAACUUAAGAUGCGUUCUCGAAGGCUUUCAUGACCGGGAUCACAGGGUGGUUGUGUGUUUUCCAAGCUAUAUGGCCAUGUUCAAGAAGCAUUCCCUCCUGAUGUUUCGCCCACAUCUAUGGCAGGCAUCCUCAGAGGUUGUGAGGUAUAAGGUUGUGAGGUAUACCUCACAACCUCUGAGGAUGCGUGCCAUAGAUGUGGGUAAAACAUCAGGAGAGAAAAUUUCUGGAACAUGGCCAUACAGCCCGGAAAACACAGAACAACCUUACUCAACAAGCUCUGUAUACCAUUAACACUUUUCCAAAGGAGGAAGGGACCUUAGCAUCCAUUUUUUGUGGCUUUUUAUCAGUAAGUUUAAGGCAGACACCACUAUGGAAAACCAUCUGGCCUUUUCCUUCUCCACACUUUCUGCUUGUAUAUGAUAACUGAGAUGGAGAAUGAAAAAAAAAUCAUAUUUCCACCUUCAUUCAAUGGGACAUUUGAGGUUCUCCUAUUCUGCCCUUUACAUUGACAAUUUCCAUAAUAGGUGAGUCUGACAGAGAUUUUUUUAAUUGUGUCAGAAGCGACUUGCAAGUCGCUUCUGGUGUGAGAGAAUUGGCUGUCUACAGAGAGACGUUACCCAGGGGACGCUGGAUGUGUUACUGGGAGGCUUCUCUCAUGUCCAAGCUAUAUGGCCAUGUUCAAGAAGCAUUCUCUCCUGACAUUUCACCCACAUCUAUGGCAGGCAUCCUCAGAGGUUGUGAGGUUUGUUGGAAACUAGGCCUGCUUUAUAACUAUUCUGUAACGCUGAUUUAAUAAUAAUAAUAAUGAUAAUAAUAAUAAUAACUUUAUUUUUAUACCACGCCCCAUCUCCCCGAAGGGACUCGGGGCGGCUUACAAACAAAUAACAGUAACAAAGCAAUAAAACAAUUAUCCCAGUAAAAACAUCAACAUCAAUAAAAACAAUCAUUAAAAUCCAACAAGCAGGAUACAGGGUUAAAAACAGGAGACUAAUUUGUAGAUCCCAGGCAAAGUGCAGAGUGUUACGAAAUGGGAAAAGGAGAGGGUUUGAUACAUCAGGUCUCCUGUUUUCUUACGUGGUUUUACAGGAAACAAUCAGGGCCAGCUAACACCUCCCAACAAAGGAUUCCCCCAAACUGGAACCCUUUGAAGCUGCAAAGCUAUUCAGUGCUAAUCAAGGUGGUCAAUUGCAACAUUCACACUUGCUUCCAACAGACAAGAGUUCUUUCUCCCACCCUAGACAUUAUUCCACAGAUAUAUAAAUACAGUAGAGUCUCACUUACCCAACACUCACCAGAUGAGUCACACGUUACGACCAACCACAAUAAUGUCUUCGGUAUGAGAUUAAAACUUGAAUAGACAGAGCAGUAUUUCACGUAGAGGAGAAGUCAUGCAAAUGUCAUGCUUUUAUGAAGAACUUAAGAUGUGUUUUCGAAGGCUUUCAUGCCCGGGAUCACAGGGUUGUUGUGUGUUUUCCAAGUUGUAUGGCCAUGUUCCAGAAGCAUUCUCUCCUUUUUUUUCAUAUAAUUUUUAUUCAGAAUUUUUACAAAUAGAUUACAUAAUAAACAAAACAAUUUGGAAAGGAAAAUACAAAAUAGGGUAUUGGGGUAAAAAUAAAAAGUAAUUAUUUCGUGUCAAAAGCAUUGUACAACAAAUACAUUUCAAAUAAUGGAAAUAAAAAAGAAAUCACAAGCAACUAAAUAGUUUUGGACCAAAAGCGGGCAACAGCAACCGCAUUGUCUGUAGCUUUAAACAACUCCUCCGUACAUGAGGCAGGACAUUGUGGGCAAGCAUACAUAUGCGGAGUUGUUUGUUCAGCUCCACAGUCACACAAGGUGGAGGAUUCCUCCAGAUAGUGCCACCUUGCCAAGUUGUCUUUUGAUCUGACCACUCCACUUCUGUUCAGGGACUUCCAAGUUGCCCGUUCUUGGUUUGCCCCGGGAGGAAGACCCUCUUGGGGGGCCAUCCAGUUGGAAUUGCCAUGUUUAGCUGCCCAGAGGGACACCCUUGCUGUUGCUGGGGGGACAUCAAGAGGAGUGGUGGUUCUCAUGAAGCCCUUCUUUGAUUUGAGUCUGGUGGGAGGAGGCUGAUAGUCAUGCAGUGGGUGGCUUUCACAAUGUUCGACCUUAUUUCUCUCACCGUUAGCAGCAACUUCCCGUCGCACGUCAGGAGGAGCAAUGGCAGCUAACUUGUAGAGUUUAUCAACAGGUGUAGGUUUAAGGCAUCCCGUGAUGAUUCUGCAUGUUUCAUUCAGUGCUAUGUCCACCUGCUUUGCAUGUGCAGACUUGUGCCAGACAGGACAGGCAUACUCUGCAGUUGAGAAAGACAAGGCCAGGGCUGAUGUUCUUACUACUUGUGGGUCUGCUCCCCAUGCGCUGCCAGUCAGUUUCCGCAGGAUGUUAUUGCGUGCAGCUACUUUGUGCUUGGUGUUCAUGCAGUGUUUCCUAUGUGUUAGUGUUCGGUCUAAGGUGACACCAAGGUAUUUAGGAUGGAAACAGUGUUCGAGCUCUUGGCCUUCCCAAGUCACUUUCAGUUUCCUGUUGGCUUCGCGGUUACGUAGGUGGAAAACACACACUUGUGUCUUGGAAGGGUUGGGCUUCAGGUGGUUCUCUUUGUAGUAGCUGGAGAGAUCUUUCAAGGCAUUGGUGAGUUGCUUUUCAACUGUUUCAAAAUCUUUUGCUUGUGUUGUGAGGCCAAGGUCAUCAGCAUAUAUAAAGCUCUUUGUGAGUGGUGGUUGUGGCUGAUCGUUCGUGAAGAUGUUAAAUAAGGCCGGUGCAAGAACGCUGCCUUGGGGUAAACCAUUCUUUUGCCUCCUCCAUCUGCUUUUCUGGCCCUGAAACUCCACAUAGAAGCUGCGGUUUUCUAAGAGGGUCUGGACAGUUUUUGUAAAGUCAAAGUCCCGGGGGAUAUGGUAGACUUUAUGCAGCUUUUUUUCUGUGUUGCACCGUGUCAUAGGCUGCCGUAAGGUCCACAAAGACUGUUCCCGUGAUGCAGCCUUUCUCAUAGCCUUCCUCGAUAUGUUCAGUCAGAUGAAGAAUUUGACCUGUACAGUUUUUCCCUGGUCUGAAACCUGCUUGUUGUGCAAUAAGCUUGGGUUCGAUAACAGGUCCUAGUCGAUUUAAUAGCAUCCUCUCAUAGACUUUAUAUAGAUGACAUAAGAGGGAGAUUGGUCGGUAGUUCCUGGCAUUGGAGGCAUCUUUACCAGGUUUUAAGAUGGCAAUUAUCUUAGUUUUCCUCCAUGCUGUGGGAGUCUGUUUGUGUGCCAGGCAUUGAUUGUAGAAUUUCAAAAGCCAGUUUUCAGCUUUGGCCCCCAAGUGCUUGAUUUGCUCCAUCAUCAGGUCAUCUAGGCCAGGUGCUUUACCAGUCUUACAUCGGAAAAUACAAAAUAGGGUAUUAGGGUAAAAAUUAAAAGUCUAGUUUAAAGGAAUAAUUUAAAGGAAUAAACAAGAAGAAGAAGAAAAGAAAAGAAAUUAAAAAAGUAAUUUUUAAUAAAUAAAAAAAAAGAAAAAAAACCCCUCCAAAUUGGAAAGGAAAAUACGAAAUAGAGUAUUAGGGUAAAAAUAAAAAGUCUGGUUUGAAGGAAUAAUCCAGAAGAAGAAGAAAAGAAAAGAAAGAAAAAAAGUAAUUUUUAAUUUUAAAAAAGGGAAAAAAAACCCUCCAAAAUGGAAAGGAAAAUACAAAAUAGGGUAUUGGGGUAAAAAUAAAAAGUCUAGUUUGAAGGAAUAAUCAAGAAGAAGAUGAAAAGAAAGAAAAAAGUAAUUUUUAAUAAAAAAAAGAAGAAGAAGAAGAACCUCCAAAAUAGAAAGGAAAAUACAAAAUAGGGUAUUAGGGUAAAAAUAAAAAGUCUAGUUUAAAGGAAUAAACAAGAAGAAGAAGAAAAGAAAAAGAAAAAAAGCAAUUUUUAAUAAAAGAAAAAACCCCUCCAAAUUGGAAAGGAAAAUACAAAAUAGGGUAUUAGGGUAAAAAUAAAAAGUCUAGUUUAAAGGAAUAAACAAGAAGAAAAGAAAGAAAAAAGUAAUUUUUAAUAAUAAAAAGAAGAAAAACCUCCAAAUUGGAAAGGAAAAUACAAAAUAGGGUAUUAGGGUAAAAAUAAAAAGUCUAGUUUAAAGGAAUAAAGAAGAAGAAGAAAAGAAAAGGAAGGAAAAAAGUAAUUUUUAAUUUAAAAAAAGGGGGAAAAAAACCUCCAAAUUGGAAAGGAAAAUACGAAAUAGGGUAUUAGGGUAAAAAUAAAAAGUCUAGUUUAAAGGAAUAAACAAGAAGAAGAAGAAAAGAAAAGGAAGGAAAAAAGUAAUUUUUAAUUUAAAAAAAGGGGAAAAAAACCCUCCAAAUUGGAAAGGAAAAUACGAAAUAGGGUAUUAGGGUAAAAAUAAAACGUUAUUCAUAACACAACCAAUUCCAUAAACAGUAGAGUCUCACUUAUCCAUGACUUGCUUAUCCAAGGUUCUGGAUUAUCCAAGCCAUUUUUUUAGUCAAUGUUUUCAAUAUAUCAUAUUUUGGUUUUAAAUUCAUAAAUACAGUAAUUGCAACAUAACAUUACAACUGCGUAUUGCACUACUUUUUCUUCAAAUUUGUUGAUGUGUAAUAGGCUUUUCCUUAAUCCCUCCUUAUUAUCCAACAUAUUCACUUAUCCAACGUUCUGCCGGCCCGUUUAUGUUGGAUAAGUGAGACUCUACUGUAAACCCCACUUGCCUAGUUUCCAACUGACCUCAUAAUCUCUGAGGAGGCCUGCCAUAGAUGUGGGCGAAACGUCAGGAGAGAAUGCUUCUCGAACAUGGCCAUACAGCCUGGAAAACACACAACAACGCAACUUAAGAUGUGCUUAGUGCAGAAUGAAUCACAGGCUGAUGUGAUGUAGCUGUGUUUUUCACUAUUUCUUUAUUGGUUUUAUACCUUAUCUGUUGUUUAGAAAAUUCAAUGAAAUUUGUAAACAUCUUUUUAUACCAAUAACGUGGACCUCAAGGUAUCUGACCUGGGAGAGUGAUAUUUUUCCUUCCUGUGUACCCAAAAUUGUUACCAUAUUUGUGUCCGUAGGCUAUAACUUUUUCUUUUUUUCCCUGGAAACUUGCUAUGCACCAUUACUGGUGUAAACCAGAUUUCAAAUCCAUGGGCUGAGUGUGGCUUACCGUGUUAUUUUAUGUGGCCCUCCAGAAAGAAUCAUAGAGUUGGAAGAGACCUUGUGGCCUUCCAGAAAGAAUCAUAGAGUUGGAAGAGACCUUGUGGCCCUCCAGAAAGAAUCAUAGAGUUGGAAGAGACCUUGUGGCCCUCCAGAAAGAAUCAUAGAGUUGGAAGAGACCUUGUGGCCCUCCAGAAAGAAUCAUAGAGUUGGAAGAGACCUUGUGGCCCUCCAGAAAGAAUCAUAGAGUUGGAAGAGACCUUGUGGCCCUCCAGAAAGAAUCAUAGAGUUGGAAGAGACCUUGUGGCCCUCCAGAAAGAAUCAUAGAGUUGGAAGAGACCUUGUGGCCCUCCAGAAAGAAUCAUAGAGUUGGAAGAGACCUUGUGGCCCUCCAGAAAGAAUCAUAGAGUUGGAAGAGACCUUGUGGCCUUCCAGAAAGAAUCAUAGAGUUGGAAGAGACCUUGUGGCCCUCCAGAAAGAAUCAUAGAGUUGGAAGAGACCUUGUGGCCCUCCAGAAAGAAUCAUAGAGUUGGAAGAGACCUUGUGGCCCUCCAGAAAGAAUCAUAGAGUUGGAAGAGACCUUGUGGCCCUCCAGAAAGAAUCAUAGAGUUGGAAGAGACCUUGUGGCCCUCCAGAAAGAAUCGUAGAGUUGGAAGAGACCUUGUGGCCCUCCAGAAAGAAUCAUAGAGUUGGAAGAGACCUUGUGGCCCUCCAGAAAGAAUCAUAGAGUUGGAAGAGACCUUGUGGCCCUCCAGAAAGAAUCAUAGAGUUGGAAGAGACCUUGUGGCCCUCCAGAAAGAAACGUAGAGUUGGAAAAGUUGGUCCAACCCCAUUCUGCCAAGAAGCAUGUACUACUGAAAGGACAUUUAAUGCUAAUCAAACUGGCCAAUUUCAACAUUCACACUUGCCUUAAGCAGAUGAGGUCUUUCUCCCACCCUGGACAUCAUUCCACAGAUAUAUAAACCCAGCUUGACUGGUUUCCAACAGACCUCACAACCUCUGAGGAUGCCUGCCAUAGAUGUGGGCAAAAGAUCAGGAGAAAAAUCUUCGGGAACAUGGCCAUACAGCCCAGAAAUCUCAUAGCAACCCUAUGACAUGGCUGUUUUGGAAGUGGCUGAGCUAAUCACGACCGUUGUUUUGUGACUGCACUUUUUUGACAUUUCCUGCCUAUUCCAAAAUGUGCCGAUUUGCCCAAAUUAUGUGGUCACUUUUGAGAUGUAAGCACAACGUGUGGCAAGACUUUUAAGGCCAGAAAAAAAGCUUUACUCUCAUGGAAGAAAGCCUACGGGGGACAUUUAUCUGUGUGACAUGCUAAAUACGUGGCCCAUGGGAAGGGAUUUGAUCCCUUUUCAGAUUCCUGAAGAACAUGGGAUUUGUCUCUGUGCCCCACUGUUUAUUUAGAAAUGAAGAAUAAAGAAAGGAUGAGGAAAUGUCACCUUCCCAUCAAAUACAGCAAGCAUUUGCCGGCAAAGUUAAGUGUUCUGAAAGAACAUCUGGCCUAAAUCCAUCUGUCAGUCCCAAGUAGACAAAAUAUACUGUAAGGUGGGUAAGAAAUACAAUUAUUAUUAUCAUUAUUAUUACUGGGUUGCUUGAGUUUUCCUGGCUAUAUGGCCUUGUUCCAGAAGCAUUCUCUCCUGACAUUUCACCCACAUCUAUGGCAGGCAUCCUCAGUAGCAAGGUUGUGAGGUCUGUUGGAAACUAGGCAAAUGGGGUUUAUGUCAGCGUGGAGUUCAGGGUGCGUGCUGGAUGGAUUUCUUCAAACUCCAUCAAUCAUCUUCUCCAGCACCCUGAUGAAUUGGUUGCAAUCGUCUGCCUCACCAAUUCCUCUUUUCAAUGUCAGACUCGAAGACAUCCGUAGUCUGAAGUCCAAACAUUUAUUCAAUAUCUAUAAUACAUAUUUACAAAGCAUAGCAAAAGCCAUCGCUUUGAGCUGGCAUUCUUCUAUAGCCUCUUGCUUCGGCAAGCACCAGCUCAACACACACAGAGAUAAGAAAGCACAUUCCUCAGUCUGAAGAAAGUUCCGACCUCCAAAGGCCAGAAAUCAUGCCUGAUAGGUCAUAGCAGGCUGUCAGUCAAAACUAGCCUGCUGUUAACUGUUUCAUUGCUGAAACACGCACUCUUGCACAACAGCAGAAAACACUUGACUUACAUUUCAUACACAUAUAACCAUAAUCCAACAGUUUAUAUAUCUAGUUUCCAACAGAACUCACAACCUCUGAGGUUGCCUGCCAUAGUUGUGGCUGAAACAUCAGGAGAGAAUGCUUCGGGAACAUGGCCAUACAGCCCUGAAAACUCGCAGCAACUCAGUGAUUCCAGCCAUGAAAGCCUUUGACAACAUAAUUAUUACUACUAUUAAAUGAACUGUUGAAUAGAAAUUCAACAUCUACAUAAAUCCAAAUAAUUCAGUAUAUGUGUCUGCAUCAGAACAAGUGCUUAAAUUUUGGACCCAGAAUUUCAAAGGUCUCGGGGAGAUGGUCCAUAUUUACUAAAUGACAAGAUUCCUAAUCCUAUCUCGGGCUGAUAAUCACUCGUUAUUUAUAUCUAUUGUUUUCUUGUUUUUCUCCAGUUUGGUGAGCUAACUUCCCCUCCUUUUGUAUACCUUUUCCACCCCCAAACUUUGCUGCUGGUACCCGUUUUGCAUUUUAGUUCUGCGUUCCUACUUUGCUUCUUGACUUUCACAAGAAAUGACAGAUAUUUGACACUUGGGUUCUAUUUCUAGCCUCUUGCUGACAUUGCGAUAUAGGAAGAACUAGCUGAAGUCUUCCCGGUGCUGCCCAAAUGUUAUUUUUUAAAUGUAUAGGCCAAUUUUCACAGUAUUAAAGGAUAGUUUUUUUGCCAGUC